ACGUUGCACUCUGCUCGGCCCGCCCGCGUCUCCACACUCACCCACCCCGCACCUCUCCCCAUCUCGCCUCGUCUCAUUCAACCCAACCCCACACCUCUCCCCUCCUCUCUCCCCAUCCUCGCCUCGCCUCAUUCACCGCCAGCACCACCACCAGCCGCUUCUCGCUCAGAGCAACUCCACAUGGCGCACACGCGUAGCACCGCGCCGCGCCUCCCGAUCUCGCUCCGCCGACGGUGGCGGCUCCAUCACCAUCAUCACGGUCAGCAUCAGCAGCAGAGCACGGCGGCUAUGAUGGCAAUGACGACGACGACGACGGCGGCGAUGCUGCUGCUGCUGUUCUGCCAGGGCGUCUUCUCGGCCAUGGACGAAUGCUACGACGACGAGGGACGGCCGCAGCGGUGCCUGCCCGAGUUCGUGAACGCGGCUUUCAACGUGACGGUGGAGUCGACGAACACGUGCGGAUCGCCCGCCGAGGAGUACUGCGUGCAGACCGGGGUGACGGGCGUCACCAAGUCGUGCCACGUGUGCGACGCGAGCGACGCGCGCCUCCACCACAACGCCACGUUCCUGACGGACUUCAACAACCAGGACGACACGACUUGGUGGCAGAGCCCCACCAUGCUGCGCGGGGUGCAGUACCCCAAGGCCAUAAACCUCACCCUGCGUCUGGGCAAGGCGUUCGACAUCACGUACGUUCGCCUCAAGUUCCACACGAGCCGGCCCGAGAGCUUCGCCAUCUACAAGCGCGCGUCGAUGGACGGCCCGUGGACGCCGUACCAGUACUACAGCGGCUCCUGCGAGUCCACCUACGACAAGCGCAACCGCGGCUUCCUGCGCUCGGGCGACGACGAGCAGACGCCGCUGUGCACCGACGAGUUCAGCGACAUCUCGCCGCUCACGGGAGGGAACGUCGCCUUCUCCACGCUGGAGGGGCGGCCCAGCGCCUACAACUUCGACAACAGCCCCGUGCUGCAGGAUUGGGUGUCGUCCACGGAAAUCCGCGUGACCCUCAACCGCCUCAACACCUUCGGGGACGAGGUGUUCAACGACCACAAGGUGCUGCGCUCCUACUACUACGCCAUCUCCGACUUCGCUGUCGGCGGCAGGUGCAAAUGCAACGGGCACGCCAGCGAGUGCGUGAAGAACGAGCUGGGCGUGCUGGCCUGCAAGUGCCGGCACAACACGAUGGGCGCCGACUGUGAGAAGUGUCUGCCGCUCUACAACGACCGGCCGUGGCACCGCGCCACCUCGGAAAGCGCCAACGAGUGCACGCUGUGCGACUGUAAUGGCCGUGCGGACGAGUGCUACUUCGACCCCGAGCUGUACCGCGCCACGGGCCACGGCGGACACUGCACCAACUGCAGGGACAACACGGACGGCAAGAACUGCGAGCGAUGCCUCGAGAACUUCUACCGGAGGAGCGCCAGCGAGCACUGCCUCCCCUGCAACUGCAACCCCGUGGGCUCGUACAGCCGUCAGUGCGACGAGCAGGGCCGCUGCAGCUGCAAGCAGGGCGUGAUUGGCGAGCGGUGCGACCAGUGCUUGCCGGGCUUCCACUCCAUGGACGAGGCCGGAUGCAGGCCAUGCACGUGCAACCCGGCGGGCACCCUGGAGGAAUGCCAGCCCGACACGGGGCGCUGCGUGUGCAAGGACAACGUGGAAGGCUACAACUGCGACAGCUGCAAGCCUGGCUUCUUUAACCUCAACGCGCUGAACCGCAAGGGCUGCACGGCGUGCUUCUGCUACGGACACUCGUCGGUGUGCUCCAGCGCCCAGGAUCACUCCCUCCACACCAUCUCCUCCGACUUCCACGCCGGUCAGGACGGGUGGCUCGCGGAGGAGCGCGACGGCAACGCCUUCCAGCUGACGUGGAACUCCGCCGCGGGAGAGCUCUCCGUCUCCUCGGAGGAUUUCUAUCCCAUCUACUUCUUGGCUGCCGACAAAUUCCUGGGGAACCAGCUCCUGAGCUACGGCCAGAACCUGACGUUCAAGUUCCGCGUGGACAACCGCGACGUGCGCCUCUCGGCCGAGGACCUGGUGCUCGAGGGUGCGGAGCUGCGCGUGUCGGUUCCGCUCAUCGCGCAGGGGAACUCCUACCCCACGGAAGAAGCCCAGACCUACCACUUCCUGCUGCACGAGGUUGCUGAGUACCCAUGGCGUCCACAGCUGACCACCACCGAGUUCCAGCGCCUCCUGUCUAACCUCACGUCCGUCAAAAUUCGUGGCACCUACAAUGCCCAGAACGCGGGCCACCUGCAGGGCAUUUCGCUGACGAGCGCACGGCGGGGGCCUGGGCCCCCUGCGCCGUGGGUGGAGCGCUGCUCGUGCCCGCCUGGGUACCAGGGCCAAUUCUGCGAGUCGUGCGCGCCCGGGUUCACCCGGGAGGAACCCAGCAAGGGGCCCUUCAGCAGCUGCGUGCCGUGUGCCUGCCACAGCCACAGUGCGACCUGCCACCCGGAGACCGGCGAGUGCCGCUGCGAGCACAACACGGCGGGCCGCAGCUGCGAGCGGUGCCGGGACGGCUUCUACGGCGACGCGACGCAGGGCAGCGACGACGACUGUGCCGUCUGCCCCUGCCCCUCGGGCAGCUCCUGCGCCAUCGAGCCGCGUGCUGGGGAGGUGGUGUGCACCAGCUGCCCUGAGGGCACCACCGGCAAGCGCUGCGAGCUGUGCGACGACGGCUAUUUCGGCGACCCCACGGGCCAGGAGGGGCCUUCGCGGCCGUGCCGCAAGUGCGAGUGCACGGAGAACAUCGACCCCAACGCGGUGGGGAACUGCGACCGGCGCACAGGCGAGUGCCUCAAGUGCAUCUACAACACGGGCGGCUUCUACUGCGACCGCUGCCUCGACGGAUUUUACGGCGACGCCCGCUCGCCGCUGCCCGACAAGUGCAAGCCCUGCGCAUGCUUCCGUCUCGGCACGGUGGAGGGGCAGACCACGUGCAACCCUGUGACGGGGCAGUGCGUCUGCCUGCCCCACGUGGCCGAGCGCGACUGCCGGCAGUGCGAGGCUGGCUUCUACGACAUCGCCAGCGGCAACGGCUGCAAGCGGUGCGAGUGCCACCCCGUGGGCUCCCAGACGGGACAGUGCGACAUCACGACGGGGCAGUGCGAUUGCCGGCCCGGCGUGGAGGGACGCGCCUGCGAAGUCUGCGCCCCCAACCACUUCGGCUUCUCCGUCAAGGGCUGCUCACCGUGCGACUGUGACUUUGCCGGAGCCAGGGGCAUGCAGUGCGACGAGGGCGGCCACUGCCCGUGCAGGGACGGCGCGGUCGGGGUGCGGUGCGACCAGUGCGGGGAGAACUUCUACCAGAACCGCACCAACCCGGGCUGCCAGCAGUGCCCGCCGUGCUACUCGCUUGUGGAGAGCAAGGUGAAUUCUCACCGCGAGAAGCUGCGGGAGCUGGAGCGCUACCUGGAGGGAAUCGGCAGUGACCCCGGUGCCAUCAACGACCGCGACUUUGAGCAGCGGCUGCAGUCGGUGGGGGACGCUGUCGUGCAGCUGCUGUGGGAGGUGCAGUCCGUGCAGGACGCCGACUACAGCCUUCUGGACCGGCUCGCCGACAUCAACGCGACGCUGACGCGGGAGAUGACGCGGCUGCGGCGCGUGCGGCAGGGCGUGGACGACACCACCGCCGCCCUCGGCCGCUCCCGCACCGCCGCCGCCGACGUGGACGCCCUCGCCGCCGACGCCCGGCAGCAGCUGGAGCGGGCGCGCAAGGCCCUGAGCACCGUGACGAUUGAUCCCAGAAACGUUUCGGACCCAAACAACCUGACGGGGUUGGUGGAUGAAGCGAGGAAGCUUGCCGAUGAACACAAAAACGGCGCCUCCGAGAUUGAGGGCACGGCCAACAUGGCCCUCAACUCCUCCCAGACGGCGCUCGACCUGCUUUCCCGCAUCCUGGUGGAUGAGAACGAGCUGGGCGAGAAGGCCUUCAACCUCACCACCAAGCUGAGGGAGGCCAAAAACUUGACGUCGCAGCUCGAGAAAUACGCGAACCAAGUGCAGAGCAACGCAACGGACGUCGGCGACGUUGCCCUCAACCUGUACACGCAGGCCAAGGCGGCCUUGCCGCAAGUCAACAUCUCUGCGCUGGAGUCGCGGGCCGAGCAUAUUGGCGCCAAGUCGGAGGAGGUAAUGCAGCGCACGGGGGAGAAGGAGGCCAACCUGCACGACCUUCUCAACGAAACUCGGUCCAGGCAGGAGAAGGCCGCCGUGUUGCUCCAGCGCGGCUUGCAGGAGCAGAAGACGGCCGACCAGCUGCUGGCGCGCGCCGACGCCGCGUACGCCACGGCCAACGAGGCGGCCACCGCCGGGAAUCGAACCCUCGCCGAGGCCAAGGAGAUCCUCGACUACAUCAAAGAUUUCGACCGCCGCGUGGCCGACAACAAGACGGCGGCGGAGGAGGCCAUCAAGAAGAUCCCGAAGAUCGAGGCCAAGGUGGCAGCCGCGCGGAACAAGACGCAGGCGACGACGGCGGCGCUCGGCUCGGCAGAGCGCGACGCGAAGCAGGCGCGCCGCAUCGCGCAGGACGCCGAGAGGAUAGCCAACCAGACGCAGGCGGAUUCGGCGGCGGUGAAAGAGGAGGCCGGCCGCCUCUUCAGCGAGUCGAUGGCCCUGAACGACGACAUGGCCAAGAUGCAGGACGAGCUGUUGGCCGGCGAGGAGACGCUCGCCACGAAGCAGGCGGAUGCCAUUCGAGACAUGGACAUGGCUACAAACGUCACAACACAAGCGCAGAGCGCGGAGGACAAAGCUCGCAAAGCGCGCAACACCGUGCGGGAGACGCUCAAGCGCAUCAAGCAGCUCCUGGAGCAGCUCGACAAGCUGCAAGACAUCGACGGAGAGAAGCUGGCGGAGCUGGAGCGAGAGCUGAAGGCCAACCAGGACCGCAUGGCGAACGAGGAGCUCGCCGACAAGAUCAAGCAGCUGGAGGAUGCGGGCGCGCAGCAGGAUCGCGCCCUGCAGAACUACGAGCGAGACAUCGGCACCAUCCUGGCCGACAUCAAAAACCUGGAGGACAUCCGGGACGCCCUGCCGCAGGGAUGCUUCAACGCUGCCAGUAUUGAGAACCCGUAAACCUCCGCUCCCUCGAGCAGGACAGGAAGGUGGCAGUGUGUGCUGCCGGGAAAAUCGGGGUGGGGGGGGGGGCCCUUUUUUGUUUUGUUUAUUUUAACAAUAAAUCACUACGGUAAUAAUGGUCCCCAUCCACACCUUGGCGUCCCAUUAACUGCCCUCUAUGCCCUUGCCCCCCACCCUCCACCCCCCCGUCCCACAUAUGUAAGUGAUCUCCCGUGUUUAUUGUUACGUCCAUUAUCCGCGAAGGGCUGCUUAUCUGAAUAACUUUUAUAAUAUACUUGCCAGCCGCAGAAUUGGUGCUCAACAGAAUAAUAAUAAAGCAAUGCUGUGUCGGAUUCCCCUGAGCGUCUGCUUGAGGAAUAUUGCGUGUAGCACUGUGGCCAGCAAAAGCAACGUCUGCCGGCCACAUCUUUUUAGACUGUACUUUGUUUUAAAGUUAUUGCUGCCAAGGUCUUCGUAGAAAAAAAAGAAAUGUUUUAAAAGGCUAUGCUCCACUGUGGUGAAUGAUGACAGUGGGGGGUGUAGCGUCUGCAUCCUCUCCUGCUGCUGUUUCACAACGACAGUGGGCCGCUGACUAAGAGGGGCUCGUCUUGUGAUGCCCAAUUUUACUAAAACAGCCGCUCGGCCAUCUCCACCUUGAAUUGUUUUUCUGACCGUACACAUUUAUUUAUUCUUGGAAAAAAUGAUGGGAAGUAAAAAACGAAUUGCGCGCGUCGUCUGUUUUUUUUUAGGUGAAGUCAAAUGAAAAUUGUUCAGCGGCAGGCAGGCAGGCAUGCAGGCAAGGAAGCAAUGCCUCGCAUGCAUACCAGGUCGACAUCCCCAGGGCGCUGUGUUCACAGCGCCACGGUAGGCUCCUCCGUGGGGCGACUGCAUUAAAACGACACCCGUGGGAGCCUGGAUGUAAACCCCCGGUGGGUUUUAUUUAGCCAAUUUAUAUUUUCAGAUUUUAGUUCCCCCCCCCCCCUCCGUUUUACUUGAGGUGGUCGAUGGAUGAGAAUCAGUGCAUCUAGGAUUUGCUUCCGAGUGUAUGUUUUGAAGUCGAGGCAUUAUUGUACCGUUACCAAAAUUUGAAGCAAAAUCACUCAGGCUUUUGAACGUGGAUUACAAUAGACAGUCCUGUGAAUUUUGAAGAGGAUCUUUCGAUGGGAGCUCUGCAAUUUGAAGCGGAGUUUUUGAUCGGUUGUUUGAUGAAAGAGAGCUACGUUUGCCGUUGAAUGUAACGGCGUUUUUCGGAGCAACGCUUUGGUGUCUUUUGCAGAAGAAUGACAAUCUCAGUAGCGGUAGAUAAGACCCAACAACAAUUCUGUACGUAAACUAGUUUGUAGCUGGUCUUUCACACAGAGUUUCCCCCCCCCCCCCCCCCCCACACAAUCUUUUGCCAUUUUUCAAGUUAUUUAAAUUUUAAAUAAUUAUAUAAGGAAAAAACUGUACAUGUUUGACCCUGAAGGAAAAAUAAAUUAAAUGUUAUAGAAAAAUGGCUUUUUUACACGACAGUUUAAAAAAAAAAAAACAUGUUCAAAACGUUCCCUGGAUGUGCCGGAUGUGCUAAUGAGGCACAGGAGAAACGAGGUCCGAUUGUGGCUUAAUUUGUGCACGUAUGUGCGUCCAAAUAGGGACGCCGACAGCUUACAAACUGGCAAGAUGGGGUGUUUUUUUUUGUAUUGUGACCCAGAGUUGCAAAAGCAGCAGCUCCCAAUAGCCCCCUAUACGUGUAAUAAAAUGCAUCUUGGUGUUACAAAUGCACACUAAUUUCCCUCGAUUGAAAUGUCAAUUCCUACAUAUUUAUGCGCAAUGCAGCUUUUUUCACAUUUCCACUUUCAUUGUGCCUUAGAGAAAAAAACGAGUGCCUUUUUUGUAAAAAAAAAUGUAAGCAUUUUUCACCGUUAUUUUAGCGUUACUUAGGUCGGCAGCAAACAGUCAAGAGUAUUAUCGCAUACUAUAAAUGUACUUCACUAUUUCAGUGUAACUUACAAUGUGUUCAGUAUUUAUCUGUGUAUCUUUUUGUACACUUGUUCAUUAAUAAAAUAAAAGCCAUCGAGAAAAGCUGAAAAAAAAUCAGGCCUGUGAAGGGAAUAUUUUUUUUGUAGAUUGUUACGCACUUUUGAGAUGUUCACAAAUCUUGCUGUGUAACAACGAGGCAGAUUGUUGAGUAAACAAAAAAGUGGAAAGUUUAGUUUCAUAAUUACCGUUUUGCUUUUUAUCUUGUAUUUUUUUUUAAAUCCCAUUUUACAAGCAGAACUAAGUUUUUUCUUAUUGACAAAGGCUGUUACAAUCUGACACACACACACACGUGUUGUGUCACGAUAAUUGGUGUGCCUCUCCUUUUGGCAGGCAUCUGCUUUACCCAACACCUCUUUUCAGAUACGACACAGACGCCGGGUUAUUGUCGCUGCGGUUUUGUUGUUGCACCCGUUACGACGCGUAGCGUUUAAUUACAAUCCUAAACGGUGGCGGCAGCAGCAGCAUGAGGUCGGGGAGGGGGGGAGGCUGUGUGUCGCAGCGUUGACUUUCAUCGGGGCACAUCCGAGUGGCACACAGGGAGCUCCUACGGGCAGGAACUUGGCGUUCUCUUUUGGUGCCUUCUUUGAACGACAUUCGAGCUCUCUCCGAUGCGCCUUCGGGUCGUUGCGCGUGUCGCGUCGAGCUCGUUGUCCGACGUUUCGCUCGCACAUAAUAUCGGCGGCUUCUUUCCCGAAAGACGUUUCGCUCCGUGCGCGCUGGGAGCCCACGAUGCCCGCUGCUCGAUUCGGUCUCUCGUGACGCGCUCUCCCCAGCAGCCGCGGCGCGAAACGUCUGCCGGGCAGCGUGCCGAAGGACAACGCGCACCGGAAGAGCCGCGCUCGCCGCCUUGCGAGCCCGUUUUGUCUGCUUGCCGAGGGCAGCCGUGGCGUCGCGGUUCGUGCGUGCCCGUCCUCGACGCUUGUGUGGCCUUGGCGAGUCGGCUCACAAUCCGUCGGCGCCAGCGAGAGGCUCUCACGUGUUCCCCGCUGCAGAGGUGCCGUUCAAUUUCCCCGCAAACAUUGCCCCAGCCGAUGUGCUACCUUUUUUUUAAUCGAUUAGAAAUAUUACUAUGCAGGUAAAGGAAGGGUUUUGUUUAUCGAGUCUUAUAUAUAAAUAUAUAUGUGAAAAAUGUGUUAAAAAAAAAUCUCAAAAAAAUCAUUAGUGUGCUUUCCACAUGUCAAAGGUAUGUUGUAAACAUCACGUUGGACGGUCUCGUUCUGUGACAGAUUUGCUAUUGGACGUUUUGUACAAACCCUGCCGCAUACCUGGCCGCUUCAGUGACUCUAGUGCGCCUAUUGAUAUCAUUUAUUAACCAGUGGGCCUGUAAACCUUUGUAAAUUGCCUAGCAGACCAAACUGAUAUUCUGGUGCUAAUUUCGUAUGAUACAAAUAAAUGCUAUAUUUUGUUAUGUUUAUCCGUAAUUAUUGUUGCAUUUCAUUAAAUAAAAAAAAGUAGUGUAGUUGCCGUGUAAAUAUUAUUUUUGGAUGAUCCCUGUGUAAUCUUACCGUUGUUGAUUUAUGAAUUAAAAACAAAUAUUCUCUCUCGGUUUUUUUUGCGGGGGCGGGGGGGGGGAGGUACAUUUUAUUUUGUGGUGGUAAAAGUUUACAUAAUGGAACACCCUUCACAUGUAACCUAAGCCUCCAAUUUUAAAGUGACACUAUACAGCAACUGGCCAUCCACCGCCUUAAAACGCAAUACAAAGUACAAGCAUGCAGUGACGCACACAUUACGGGGUCGCGCGACCAGCGAGUGUGACUAUAAUCAUUAUAUUUUUCAUUAUAGAAACGUAAUACUGCACUCCCCAACCCUAUGGCAGUCCAAUGCCUCCCGAUGCUGCGUUGGUGGUCAUGGAGCUUGUUUGACCAUACUUCACCACGCUGGUCUGUGCGGGUUGGUGAAGGUCGGGUAACCAGAACUUGAUCGGAUCUCGAUCGCCAUUCGUGUUUGGCCGUGAUCGGGAAGCGAACUCAAGUAGCAGGUUGUGUUUCGACCACUGCGCCACCGCUCGAUCUCCUUAACGCAUCCCCACAUCUCUCCGUUUAAAUCAACGGUGUCACUCUGUGGCCAAGUAACACGCCUCGUGCUUUGCGAGGUCAUUCUGGUUAUUAUGCGGUAUUGGUUAAAACACAUGGCCCCCACCUAUUUGUAGCUAACUGCACAGAGGCAUCGACUAUAUUGCGUCAUUAUAGGGUCAUAUGAUUGCGCGCUCUAUUAUCAGAGGCUUGGUUUAGUGAUAUACGUAGUUUCUGCCGUUAUACGUCUUAUAGGGGGGGAGGGGGACAGACGAUGUGUACAUUGCACAUUAACAGACCUGUCGGUGUGGUUUCAGCAGAAUAAUCAUGCACUGUUUCGCCCCGACGCUUCAAUGGAAACGUGAUCGUUUUAAAAAUAGAGAUGAGGGCUUGAGAACAGCGAGUGCAAUGUACACCACAACACCGUUUUGACUGCAAAAAACAUUCGGCUGAGGCAGGCAUUGAUUGGGUUUUUCUACUAUUUAGAGUUGUCCUCGACUAUCAGCGGACAACUUGCACGUGGGUCAUUGAGACCUAAUGCACUGCCAUGAAUAAAUAAAGAGCUGCACAAGGGACUUGCUCAGGGGAUUCCUUGCAGCCAAAGCAUCUUGAACAAUGAGAUGGCGUUUCCUAACGUGACUUCCUGACUGGGGUGGCUUGCAGCAGCAGUGUUCUCACGUAUGUGCGUCUCAUGUAGCGGUUCCUCGAGUAUUCAUGUAUUCGCUCUGCUAACACUGCACCUCAUCACAAUCGUAUCAUUAUAUUUUUUUGUUCGUAUACACCAGUGAUUUGUAUUUCCUGUAAUUUGAACGUGUGGCAAUAUCCAACAGCUGCGGCACAAAAAUUAUAAUUUUGUUGACUGGAAUCUACAGUACUUGAUUUGCAGUUAAUUCCUCUAAAAAUGUAAUACUUUGGUUUUAUGUAGCAUUUAAAUGCAACUACGUGCCAAGACGCCGGUGAAAAUAGAAUUGUAUUGCAGUAACUUUCCAUGGCUUCAAAUUAGAAGAGCCUUUGGUUUCUCGAACGAGCGACAGGUUUGAAAUAACACAUUUAGGGUGAUGGCUGGGAGCGGAUGAGGCCGUGUCUGAUGGGAUAUCGCCGUUUGCGGUCACAAGGCCGCGCACGAAACCCCCUCUGCUCUGGACAAACCCGAAAAUAGAUAAUCCACCCUUAUCAGAUGACUCUCCCAACCCUGACUGGAGUUUGAGAUAACCAAAUUCCCACGCAGAGCCGUUUUUUUUAACAAUGUUCAUCGCAUUCAGCGUGGUGGCGAAUGCGUUUUGUUUCCAACGGAUGGCGGUAUACAUCUAAAAACACGAGCAAACCGUGCCCACUGGCUUUAUACCCCAGUUUGUUGACUUCCAGGGAUGUCACUGUCUAAAAAAAUGUAAAGCGAAGAUGGAUUAAUUACAGAGUUGUGAUUAUUUGCCAGGCGUAAGCAGUGGGGGGUGGGGGGAGGAGGUGAGAUUGUGAUACAGCACCAUCAUGCGCAGUGUUAUGUCAGCCAGGCGUGGAGUCGCCUUCUUCCCUGUCUUGUGUUUUGUAUUUGUGACCCUAUCUUGAAAACACCACACUCCCGCUGUUCUGCCAAUGUUUUUCUUUUCUCGUACGCUACACGUUAUUCUUGCAAAUACCUCAAUGUGGCUUUUUAAAAUUUAGAUAUGAUUUAAAUAAGGCAAAAAAUCAAGUUAGCCGCGUCUUGAAUUGUACCGCUCGAUUUUGUAAGACAAUUUUAGAUUUCUUAUUGUAUUUCCACCAUUGUAAUCAUGUCACAUCGUUCCAAAUAAAAAUAAAAAGUCACGAAAAAUA